UAAUAUUUUUGUUGACACUAAAUAUAUUUUCAGUUUGCUGCAGUCCGCAUAUUGUAUAGUGUAUACUGUGUUUAUUCAAUUAUACAAUUUUUCUGAUACACAUUUUUUUAAAAUAUAUAUUUACAAAAUGCCGAAGUGUUCGCCAAGUUUAAGUAGUUAUGUGAAAGAGUUUGGGGAAUAUGUAUUUAGUUCCGAUGGUAAAAUAUUGUUUUGCAAAGUGUGUGAAGUUAAAGUGUCUGCAAGUAAACGAUUUUUAGUAACUCAACACUUGAAAACGGCGAAGCAUGAGCAUGCAGUAAAUCUAAGAAAAAAACGCGAACAAAGUACAGUUCAACCGUUAUUAACACAAAAUACAAAUAAGAAAAGUGAUUUUAACUCUGAUCUUACUGAAGCAUUACUGUCAGCUAAUAUUCCACUCUACAAGGUAAAUAAUUUUAAAUUUAAAGAGUUUUUAGAGAAGUAUACUCCUAAAAAUAUCCCCGAUGAAUCGACCUUAAGGAAAAAUUAUGUAGAUGAUAUUUAUAAAAAAACUUUAACUAAAAUACAAGCCGAGGUAUUUAAUCGUAAAAUUUGGGUAUCAAUCGAUGAGACCACGGAUGUAGACGGUCGCUAUAUAGCCAAUGUUAUUGUGGGCGUACUUGAUUCUGAAGUUCCUAGUAAAGUCAUGCUUGUUAAUUGUGAACAUUUAGAAAAAACAAAUAGUACAACAAUAGCUCAACUCUUCGAAAGAUCUAUGAAUUUAAUUUGGCUCCAAGGAGUAGAACACAAUAAUGUUUUAUUGUUAGUUAGCGACGCCGCACCAUACAUGGUGAAGGCCGGAUCAGCGAUUAAAAUAUUUUUCCCUAAGAUGCAUCAUGUAACUUGUCUUGCUCACGCUUUACAUCGUGUAGCAGAGCAAAUCCGUAGUGAUUUUCCAUUGGUUGACAAACUUAUUUCGUCUGUCAAAAAAGUGUUUCUUAAAUGUCCAUCAAGAAUAAAUAUAUUUAAAGAUGAAGCACCAGAACUAAGUUUGCCCCCAGAACCAGUGAUAACGCGUUGGGGGACGUGGUUGAACGCGGCUAUUUAUUACUGCGACUCAUAUAAAACAAUUAAGAAAAUUAUAGAAAAAUUUGAUCCCGAUGAUGCUGUUUCUAUACACGCAGCUCAAACAAUUAUGAGUGAACGUAGAGUUGAAGCUAAUUUAGCUUUUAUUAAAUCAAAUUUUUCAUUCUUAUCUUCGGCUCUAAUAUCUCUCGAAGAAAAAGGGAAAUCUCUUUCCAGUUCGGUUGCCAUUAUAAACGCCGUUUCAGAAAAAUUAUCAAUUGCAGCUUCAUCGCCUCAAGGUAAAUCAAUAUACACAAAAUUUCAAAAAGUUUUGGACAAAAAUUCUGGGUAUAAAGUAUUGUCCCAAAUUUCUAAAAUAAUAGAUGGCAAAACUGAUUCGUUUGAUGGACUUCCUGAAGCUAUAGAAACUAUCGACAUUGUUAACUUUAAGUACGCACCGGUCAACUCUGUAGACGUGGAGCGGUCAUUUUCAGUUUACAAAAACAUACUAUCAGAUCGUCGGAGAUCUUUCAAAUUUGAAAAUAUAUCUAAAAUCCUUGUUAUACAGUGUAAUCUGAAUAUUUAAAUUAUGUAACCUAAG